AAUUAUAAACAAACAUGGCGGUCGACCGGUGGGAGUGAAAGAAACGUCUGUGCAUCUUAACGGCGAGGAUUUUUAACUGCGAUUUCCCAAUUGGCCUGAUGAUGGACACACAGGGAAUCAUUUGUCAUACCCAUCAAAUUGAAAAACGUCUCCAUGAACAGAACCAUCAAGAUAUUAUGCUCUUAUUAGAGGAAUUAGAAAUGGCUCACAUUACAUUAGAACAGCUUCAGGAAACAGAUAUUGCAAAAGUUGUUUAUCGGGUCUGUAAAACCUGCCAAGGGACUUUGGUGAAGAAAAAAGCGAAGGUUUUACUGUCAAAAUGGAAGAAGCUGUUUACCAAUCCUUGGUGCAAAGCAUCCUAUCACCUUGCAGGAAAAGGCCCUGAUGAGAAAAACAGUACUCGAGGGCCACACACAGAGAAAAACCCAUCCUGUUGCCAGUCAGAAAUAAAUGAGACUCACUGUUCACAGUGCGGUCAGUUGGAAGGAAACGAGAGUUUUAUCAGUGAGAAAGACAAAGCUAAAGAGACUAAUGAGGCAACACAACAUAAUUUAUUCCACUGUGUGGCCAGCAGAGGGGAGGUACUGAAAGAAGAUGAGUUUGGUUCAGCAAUAAGCAAAAAUGAAAACCAAAGUGAUCUUUCUAGAUUGGAAAACAACGGAAACACCCCAGCAGUUAGAUCCCAGCCUGGCACAGUGGAGUACGCUGGACAUGAUACUUCAGGGGUGACUCUGGAAAAGGUACAGCCUAGCAAGAUACCUCUUAGGUCCAAAUGUAUACAGCUGCUCUUUCAAGCCCUUAUUCCUGAGGGAGCUGAGCACACAGAGUCCGCAUGGAAGUGUCAGGAAGUUGCCUGUGCGAUUGAGGAGCACGUUUUUAUCCUCCAUGGGAAAAACGAAAGAAAGUACAAGUCUUGCAUUAGAAGUAAAGUUUCUAACUUAAGGAACCCUAAGACCCCUCACUGGCGUCAAAACCUGCUGGGUGGACAGCUGAGCCCUAAGGUGUUUUCUGAGAUGUCCGUGAUGGAACUGGCAAGUGAUGAGCUAAAGCAGCUGAGGUCAGCGUACAUAGAAUCUGCCAUUAAUGAACACCAGCUUCCCCAAGGCGUGGGCGGGACCCAGACAGAUAAAAUAAAGUGCCGGCGAUGUGAGAGGUUUGACUGCACUGUGACACUCAUUUCCAGGGGUACCCUCUUCCUUCCUAGCUGGGUACGCAACGGAACCCCAGAUGAGCAGAUGAUGACUUUUGUCAUCUGUAACAAAUGUGGUGAGAAAUGGUAUAACAGUGGAUGGAUUUGUUUAUAGUAACUGGUGCAACCGGUUCGAACAGUACAUGUUAAUCAUGGGUUGAAGGUUUGCAUUUCUGGUACAGCUCGGCUCUCUCCGUGGCACUAUAAGACAGUUGUGAUGAUGAGGAUCUUUAAGUCAUUUUAUUGUGAAAAUGUUGUUCUUUUUUUUCCCCCAAGGUGCCUCACAUUUGUACUGGUUUGUGCAGUUACAUUUUUGUGUGUGGAUUUUUUGUGAUAAGCUACUGUGUGUCUCGUUUUUAUGUUAUUUUUUGUGUUUGGUAUUUUUGACUCUGUAUUUUGGCCAGAGAUUGAAUGAAAUUUUCAGAAUUUGUUGAAAUGAACUGGAAGAACACUUAUUAAAUUAAAAUAGCUAUGCAGUGAUUGAAGAUAAUAUCUCAGCAGUUUCUGUUCAUUUUUAUUAUAGAUGAAUAAAAAAGGCCUUCCUUUGUCACUCUCAUUUGCAGAACACAGUAUGUGUCAGCAAGUACAGCUAUAAGAUAUGUCAUGGACUGUAUUUUAAUCAUAUUUUAGGAAACUUGUCUUUUCAAGAUAAGCACAUUACAUAAAACAGAACCUCGAAGAAGCUGAAAGUGCCUAAACAGUUGAUAAUUUAACAGACUA